UGUCGGUCACUUACACAGUUGUUAUUCAGAAACUCAUUUGGUUGAUUGUGUUUUGAAGAAAGGUUCGCGCCCCGGACAACUUCCGCUUCUAGUAGCUUCUUCUACGGAAGUACGUAUUGCGCAUGUGUAAUCGCAUUCCGGAGACUUCACAGCAGAGACCAAAACACAUGAGAAUAAUAUAUCCCGUCUACAGCGGCCGUACGUGACAACAGUGGUGUUUUGUCAUCAACAGAGAUUCUUCAUUUUGGGCAGCCUGUUUCAGCCACAGCCAUGGUGUGCAUUCCCUGUAUUGUGAUUCCUGUCCUGUUGUGGGUCUACAAGAGGUUCCUGGAGCCUUUCCUCUAUCCUUUCAUUUCACCGAUUAUUAAUAUAUUCUGGACCAAAAAAGCGGUUCAGGAGACUGGCGCUACUGACCAAAAAGUUAGCGAAAAGAGUAAUGGGACUUCCAUGCCUGAAAGCAACGGUGAGGCCACUGCCAAUGGAUCCCUUAUAGCAGCAGAUAAGAAGACAGAUUGACGGCUAUACAUGUUCAUAAAGCAUCUAAAACAGUGUAAAUAUUACAGUACGUUAAUAUAAAAUAGAGAAACUAUUAAUUAACUUAUCAUUUCUUCUUUGAAUGGAGUGGUUUUUGAUUACCUUCCAUAAUGUGCGUACCUUGCUUUUACUUUUUUUUUCUUUUGUUUUACAAUAACUUUAAGAAAUUGGUAAUUGUUGAUAUAUUCCUUGUUAAUCAUGAAUUGAUAUAUGCAUUUACUGUGUCGAAUAUUCACUCUCAAUGGAAUAGUUUUUCUAAAACAAACUUGCAGUUUAAUGAAUGAAUAAAAGAAACCCUUCAAAUC